AUGGAAUCUUUGGCAACAACCAUUCGUUUCGUCACGCUGAACUGCCGAACAUUAUCGAGUGAACUCCGACAAGCCGCCCUAUCGAGACUUCUGCGAUAUCUCUGUGUGCCUUUUGCUGCACUGCAGGAAACACGCAUGGGAGAUCGGCCCGUAUACUGCUGCGAUGCUGAUGAGAACAAGGUCGUAAGUACUCACGCACCUACGAAAGCCGCUGAGGACAACAGUAAAGACGCCUUCUAUGAUGAACUCAAUGCGUUGAUGUCUAAAAUGCCAAGCCAGCAGGUGGUCAUUGUCGGAAUCGACGCAAAUGCGAAGAUGGGACUCGAACAGCAAUCCGAUGUGCUAGGAAAAUGGUAUUAUCCAGCGGAGCGCACGUCGGACAACGGUGACCGUCUGGUCAACUUGUACGAACAGAUGGGUCUUAUCAUCGCUUCCACGUUUAAGAGGAAUCAUCAACGCAAUCAGCUCACGUGGCAGGGGUUAACUCUUUUAACGCCUGAAGAGCAGCGCAAGCGGAAGAUGAGGACUCUUAAACUUCAGCUCGACCACGUUUUGGCGAGGAACAUUCCUUAG